UUCUGACAGCGAGUAUUUAGUUUCUUCUGGUUAUUACUUAUUUUUAGACACUAAUAAAUAUUGAUUUUUUGGGCUUGUCUAAUGUGCUGAAUAAUUUUUAUAAAUUAAAUAAAAUAAGUCGUUACAAGGCGAAUUUACUACUAUGAUGAUAUCGCCUUGGUGGUUGUUAUUAAAAAAUUAAGUUUUCUGAAAAUAUUUCGUGAAAAUAUUACAUAAAUAAUUUAUAUAUAUAUCUAUACAUGAGUAUAUGAUGAGAGUGCUAAUGACUCGACAGCAGCAGCAGCAGAAAAGAGAGACCCUCCCACACAUUAUGCUGAAGAAUGAAUAUUGCCACAACAAGCUGGUAGUGAAAAUAAAUCAAAUGCAUUUAAGAGAUCUGCAAGUUUACCGCAAUAAACAACAGACCGAUAUUGUGCCACUUUUAGAGGGCCGAAGAACCACAGUUGCAGGCAACAACUAAAUCGAAAAAAUUAUUGAUUUUUAACACACAACAAACAUCCUUAUUAGAGAUUGAUACGAUAAAAAGCUUUGAAAAAUUAAUAAAAACGGUCAGUCAAUCAAACAAUAUAUAAAUAUAUAGAAAGUAACGUAUAGAGAGUUGAUAAUUGUGUGUGAAUUUGUGUUUAGUGGUUGAAAUGACUUCGGAAGAUCUAUUACAGCCGGGACAUGUUGUCAAGGAGAGAUGGAAGGUGGUGCGUAAGAUAGGUGGUGGUGGUUUUGGUGAGAUCUAUGAAGGCCAAGAUCUUAUAACACGCGAACAAGUGGCUUUAAAAGUGGAAUCGGCUCGUCAGCCCAAGCAGGUUUUGAAAAUGGAGGUGGCCGUACUUAAGAAAUUACAAGGUAAAGAACAUGUGUGUCGUUUUAUAGGCUGUGGUCGCAAUGAUCGUUUCAAUUAUGUGGUAAUGCAGUUGCAAGGUAAAAACCUGGCCGAGUUAAGACGUGCCCAGCCUAGGGGAGCAUUUUCUUUGAGCACUACUUUAAGACUGGGUCUGCAGAUACUAAAAGCAAUAGAGUCUAUACAUUCUGUGGGAUUUUUGCAUCGUGAUAUUAAGCCUAGCAACUUCUCCAUUGGCCGUUUGCCCUACAAUUGCAGGCGUGUCUAUAUGCUGGACUUUGGUUUGGCCCGCCAAUAUACAACGGGCACCGGUGAGGUACGGUGUCCACGUGUGGCGGCUGGUUUUCGCGGUACGGUGCGUUAUGCCUCAAUUAAUGCCCACAGAAAUCGUGAAAUGGGCAGACAUGAUGAUCUGUGGUCUUUGUUUUAUAUGCUGGUGGAAUUUGUUAAUGGCCAAUUGCCUUGGCGAAAAAUCAAAGACAAGGAACAGGUGGGCCUCACCAAGGAGAAAUACGAUCAUCGUAUCUUACUGAAACAUUUGCCUUCCGAUUUAAAACAAUUUUUGGAACACAUACAGUCCUUAACCUAUGCCGAUCGCCCCGAUUAUGCCAUGUUAAUUGGUUUAUUUGAGCGCUGUAUGAAACGGCGUGGUGUCAAAGAGUCCGAUCCCUAUGACUGGGAAAAGGUGGAUGCCACGGGCAAUACAGCCACAGCCACCAACAUCACUUGCAGUCAAUCCAAUCAGAUUAACCAUGCCCAGGUGAAGAAUGAAUAUGUUCAUGGCAACAUAACACAAAUGACCGUGGUGGCGUCCAAUGCCAGUGGCACGGAAUAUUUGCGUAAACGUAAUGAUGUUGAUACAGCCACUGUGGCCAGUGCCGAACUCUUACAACAUGCCAAGGAUAAGGUGGGCCAUAAAAAUUGCAACAACAACUCACCGCAAUUGGAGAAUAAUUUCCAAAAUCUUAAUAGUAAUAAUCAGAAUAACUCCAAUAAGACGGCAGCUAUAACCACGGGUGUGCGUAAUAUCAAUAUGAAUGAACCGCCGCCGCAGCAAACACCCAGUCAAAUGAUGAUAAUACAUGGCCAAAGUGAAAAGGGCAUGAUGACCCAACAUGCUGGCGUUACACCGGUCUUACUGAAAAGCAACGUCAUGGCCACCAGCUACAGGACAGAGCCCAAUAAACCAACACAUAAUAUAUUUCAAAACAAACAUGCAGUGCCGCAACAAACAGUUUUAAACGCAAAAAAGACAGUAACUUCUCCCCUAAACCAGAACAACUCGGCUCCUGUACAUCACAUUAGCAGUCAAAAUGUUAUAGAUGCCAUGUUGAAGGCUGAGGAGGGCACAACAUCUACUUCACUCAAUGGUGGUGGCCGUUUGCGAAAAGUUAAUAUUGUAGCCGCCAGUGCUAUGGCAGCUGAUGAUAUGAAAUCGGCCAACAUUAGCUUUGGUGAGGAGCAGCAAAACAAUGAGCAUGCUGGGGCGGGCAAUUCCUUGAAUUUAGAGGCUACACAUUUAAAAAAAACUACACAAAUUCCUAGUGGUGGCAUCGGUCGGGAGGGUCAAUGUGUUGUAAAAUCGUCUUCAACCAUUUUGAAUAAACGCUGCUGUUCGUCCAAUAGCAAUGUGGCAGCAGCGGCGGCGGCGGGCGAUGAGAGCAAAAGUGUAUUCUCCAGUCGCUUGCAAAAAACCACUAACCUAUUGAAUCAACAACAGGAAGGAGGCGGCGGCGGCAAUGAAUCGAAUUGUGCUUUUGAAUCGGAAUACGAGCCCACGGCAUUUUCGCUAGAGGUGGCCAAUCGCAAUUCGCAGCCUUCGUCGGUAAGUAAAAACCAUUGUGCUAUGGAAAUCAACAAUUCGGUGGCUACUACAGCUCCGGCUACAGUUCCUGCUCCACCACCUGCCCGUCGUUCCAAAACCUCCACCAAUCUGAGGCCCUCCUCAGUGGCCGGUUCAACACAACGUCUCAACAGUAGUGUGUGUGCUGCAGGCACCAUCAGCAACACAACAAGAGGCAGUGGCGGCGGCGGUGAUCAUUCCGUUACCCAGUUUGCGCUCAUAGAUGAUGAGAAUGUGUCUGCCCUGCAGCAGGUCACCAAGGGGGGAGGGGCCGUUACUUUGGACAGCCAGUGGAAAAGUCAUUUCGAUGAUUCCGAAGACACCACCGAUAACGAGUGGAAACAGGAAGCCCAGAAUCCGGUACAAAAAGCCAAAUUAAGUUUCAUCUCUUUGUCGCAUCCAAAUUUAUCCGAAGCAUCCUUAAUACAACAUCUAAAUGAACAGCAACAGUAUUGUUUGGAUAACUCGACACGACUACCAACUCAAAACCAAAGCGAAGCUGUAGCUGUAGCUGCUGUUAUUAAAAAAACCGGCACAGAUGAAACUAAACACGCUAACGAGCAGGCUACACAAAUUAAAUCUUCCUGCUCGGCUGUUAAACUUAAGGCAGCUGUUAAAUCUCCUAGUCCUCCUAAUAUAGCUCCAUGUUAUAACCCCAAGAAGUACAAUUUAAAUAUAGCCGGCAUAGAAAACUAUGCCCAAGUGCAGGCCUCCAUACCACAAUGUUGGUCCGAACCGGCCAUAGGUAAUGCCUUGCGCCGAGACCUAGAGCCGCCCAUUGUGCAGCAGGCAGCCUUCGACAACAUUGUUUAUCGUAUGGAUAUAACACGCAAUGUUUGUGUGCGGCAAGUGCAGGCAGAGGCCGCUGCCUUGCCGCCUAACGAAACCCAAUUAUUGAAUAAUUCCUCUGGUAGACAAACUAAUGGAGUGGAUAAUGCUCUGGCCGGGGCUAACAAUGAUCUCACUAGUUUGGCCAAUAGGGCCAUUACUAAGCGACGCAAUAGUUUACCUAAUGUAGCAAUGCCCAAUCUUUUAAGUGUGUUGGGCGGUGGUGGCGACCAGAAACCUAUGGAUAAUACUCAAAAAUGCCAGAAUAAAACAACGGCAUUACCUUCUAGCUACAACCUAAUACAAUAUGCAGUCAAUUCAAACAAAGAUGUUCAAGAACAACAACCUCUACAGAAAUCCAAUUUGGAGGUGGACUUUGGGCCACAACAAGACGAGAGUUGCAUUAGCGGACGUUUGGAAAUACGUGUGAUUCCCAAAGAAUCAACUUUGCCAAAUGAAUUGAUCUACUAUGGUUCGACUACCAUCCAAAGAUCACCCAGUCAACAGGUUAUACUGGUAAAUGCCAUACGAAAUGAUGAUGAUGCUGAUGGAGAAAUUAAACCAAAAGAUAUUAAAACGGUAACUUGUGAAGAUACACACGAAAUAGCCAAUGAGGAGGGUAAAACCUCUAGGGAUUUUGUAGAUGAGGAAGAAAGAAAUGAGCUAAAGAACAACACACAUAAUCCCAAUGAUUUAAAUACGGCAGGAGGACUGGUAGGUCCCACUGCUAUAAGCAAAAUACCCAUAUUGCAAUCGAAUCUCCGUCAAGCUAAAUGCGCUUCGUGGGCCGGUGGUGAGUUGACCUCGCAGCCACAAGUCAACCAAACACAUCUUAGCCGCAACAGUAGCCAGGGUAGACAAACGUUUAAUGCAGCUGCUCCAGCUGAUGCAAAUCAGUUUAAUGAAGCCUUGCCAUCUUCCACUACCGCCGGCAACACCAAACCAAAUGUUAACGAAAAGUCUGACAGUGUAAGGCGACGCCGUGACUCAACGGAUAAAUAUAUAACAGAUCCUUCGCAAUUACAAUUACGCUUUGCUCGUCCAUGUUCCCGCAACAGCAGUCGGACACGAGGAGUGCCUACCGCUUUGUUGGGGCAAUUCGAUGAUAACUCCACAGAUACAUCCGAUGAUCAGCAGCAAACUGGUGGUGGUAGUGGUAGCAGUCGUAGAAAGUCCUCUAUGAGAUCGAGUGCAAAGUCGUUGGGGUCAAGUGGUGGCGGUGUUGGUGUUGGUACUGAACAAAUUGAAUCCCCCAAUGGUUGUACCGAAAACGAGAUGCUACUUUAUAAUUUGCUUAAAGAUUUUGGGAAAAUCGAAAAUUCGACAGCAACGGCUACAGCUACCGCAGCAACAACAACCGCAAUACCUAAUGAUAUUACGCCACCACCUGGUGCACCCAAAAUAGAAAAUACAGCACGUUUAAGACGUUAUAGACAUAAUGUAGAUUAAUUUAUGUAUUUUCGAAUAAAAUUAUUUAAUAUAUACAACAUAUAUAUGUACUGUGUGAAUCAAAAUAAAGUAUACAGUUAGUAGCCCUAGAGAAUUGCAUAGAGCGGAAGCGAGAGCUUGCUGUCCGAAACCUAAAUGGUAAAAAUAAAUUAGUAAAAAUAAAACAAACACUCACUCACACUCAUAUGAGUAAUUUGUUUUUGAGUAAAUUUUUUUUUAUUUAUUUUUAGCUUGAGUUUUUUGUUUUUUUGUCUUCUAGUUUCCGCUCUAUGUAUAGUUCUCUAUGAUUAAUAUUAUGUUAGUAAAAAACAUUAAUUAAUUAAAUUAUAUUUAAAAAAAAAACAAAUGACAGUACGAAAAAUCGAAUAUUGCAAAAUUCAAUAAACAAAAAAUAUAUAAGCAGAGUUUAAAAUCAAUAGAAACAGUAAGCAAAAAAAUUAAAUUAAAAAAAAUCAAGAAAAAACCAAAAACGAAACACAUUUAAAACAAAUAAAAAAAAUACUUAAUUCACUUCUUUCUAAAAAAAAACAAAAAACAUUGCAAAUUAAAAUAAACGCAUCAAAAACAAAGUAAAUAAACAGUUAAAUAAAUUCAAUAAAUAUUUAAAUGCAUUUUUUAUACUUUGUUUGUUUGUUGUUUUCCUUCUAGUCAUAGUCUGCAAGAUUUUUUUUUUUAAGUAAAUAUCCGUUGUGAUUCUGUUUCUUACUACUUACUUACUUACUUCUAUUAAAUAAAGCUUAAAUUAAAGACUUCUGUGGAAGAAA